AUGCCUCGCAUCGCUGAGUUUGUGGUUUCAGGCCUAUUGGCAGCCACAUUGGCCAACGGUCAAGAUUUUGCUGGAAGUGGUCGAGCUGAAGAUGCUUUCAGUUACGUUCAGCCCAAGAACACAACCAUUCUCGGUCCUUAUGGACACUCUCCCGCUGUCCUGCCCUCACCCAACGCCACUGCCUCGGGGGAAUGGGAAGAUGCCUACGCUAAAGCCCAGAAGUUCGUUGCCCAACUGACAAUCGACGAAAAAGCCGAUAUGGUCACUGGUCAGCCGGGUCCCUGUGUCGGAAACAUUGUUGCAAUUCCUAGACUCGGUUUCCCCGGUCUUUGCUUGCAAGAUGGCCCCCUUGCCAUUCGUGUUGCCGACUACGCCAGCGUCUUUGCUGCUGGUGUCACCGUGGCAUCCACCUGGGACAGGGAUCUCCUGUACCAGAGAGGUUAUGCUAUGGGACAAGAGUUCAAGGCUAAGGGUGCUCACAUUGCCUUGAGCCCUGUCGCUGGUCCCCUGGGCCGCUCCGCGUACGCUGGCCGAAACUGGGAAGGCUUUGCUGCCGACCCAUACCUGACCGGUGUGGCCAUGGAGCGAACCAUCCGCGGUCACCAGGAUGCCGGUGUGCAAGCAACUGCUAAACACUUCAUCGGAAACGAGCAGGAGACUCAGAGAAACCCUACAUACGAUUCCAACGGCACCGUCACUGAUGUCAUACAAGAGGCUCUCUCCUCCAACAUUGAUGACCGCACUAUGCACGAACUUUACCUCUGGCCUUUUGCUAAUGCUGUUCGUGCUCAUGCAGCCAGCUUCAUGUGCGCAUACCAGCGUCUCAAUGGAUCGUAUGCUUGCGAAAACUCCAAGGCUCUUAACGGUCUUCUGAAGGAAGAACUUGGCUUCCAGGGAUACGUGAUGUCUGACUGGGGUGGUACUCACUCCGGUGUCGCCUCCAUCGAGGGUGGCCUUGAUAUGAACAUGCCCGGUGGUCUUGGUGCCUACGGUAAGACACCCGAGGCUGGAUCUUUCUUCGGCAAGAACGUGACCUACGCUGUCAACAACGGAACUGUGGACGAAUCUCGUGUGAACGAUAUGAUCGUUCGCAUUAUGACCCCUUACUACUGGCUUGGUCAGGACAAGGACUACCCUGAGGUUGACCCUUCCUCUGCCGACCUCAACACCUUCUCACCCCGAUCCACCUGGUUGCGCGAGUUCAAUCUCACCGGGGAGCGCAGCCGUGAUGUGCGUGGAAACCACGCCGAAAGCAUCCGCAAGCUCGCAGCUGAGGCUACCGUUCUGCUUAAGAAUGAGAAGCAGGCUCUGCCCUUGAAGGCACCCAAGAAUAUUGCUAUCUUUGGUAACGACGCCGGCGAGAACACCAUGGGUGCGGUCAACGAUGCUACAUUCGAAUUUGGCAAUCUCGCUGCAGGUGGCGGAUCAGGAACCGGUCGCUUCACAUACCUCGUGUCCCCGCUGGAGGCUAUCAAGACUCGCGCCAAGGAGGAUAAUGCUCUGGUUCAAUACUUCUUGAACAACACCCAGAUUGCAACCAAGAACGUUACUGACCUCUGGGUCCCUGCUACUCCCGAUGCCUGUCUUGUUUUCCUGAAGACUUGGGCUGAAGAGGGCGCUGAUCGCGAGCACUUGACUGUCGACUACAACGGCAAUGAAGUUGUGGAGUCAGUCGCGAAGUCCUGCAACAACACCAUCGUCAUCACUCAUUCUUCCGGAAUCAAUGUGCUCCCCUGGGCCAGCCACCCCAAUGUUACUGCCAUCCUCGCUGCCCACUACCCUGGCCAGGAAGCUGGAAACUCCAUUGUAGACAUCCUCUACGGUGACGUCAACCCUGCCGGUCACUUGCCCUACACCAUCGCAAAGAACGCCAGCGAUUACAACGCCCCUCCUACCACCGAAGUGUCCACCAACGGCACAGACGACUGGCAGUCGUGGUUCGACGAGAAGCUUGAGAUUGACUACCGCUACUUCGAUGCCAAGAACCUCUCCGUUCAGUACGAAUUCGGCUUCGGUCUCUCAUACACCACAUUCAACGUCUCCGACAUCAAGACCGAGCUUGUUGCUGAUUCCGUCUCUUCCAUCCCGGAGAAUCAGCCCAUUCAGCCAGGUGGUAACCCCGCCUUGUGGGAGACUCUCUACAAUGUGACCGUCUCCGUUGCCAACUCUGGUGAUGUCAAGGGUGCAACUGUCCCUCAGUUAUACGUUACAUUCCCAGACAGCACUCCCGAAGGAACACCACCCAAGCAGUUGCGCGGCUUCGAGAAGGUCUCGCUUGCUCCUGGUGAGUCUCGCACUGUUGGCUUUGAGCUCAUGCGUCGUGAUCUCAGCUACUGGGAUAUCGUUUCUCAGCAAUGGCUCAUCCCUGAGGGCGAAUUCACUCUUCGUGUUGGAUUCAGCAGCCGUGACUUGAAGGAGAGUACCAAGAUUACUCCUGUUUCUGCUUAG